AGAUCCCUUUGACAGUUGGGGGCGUACAUAUAUCUCUGCUUUGUCACCGAAAUCUUCGGCGAUCAGACGCGCACUUAUUGCUCACCGUCCACUGAGAGGGAAAAAAUGUCCUCGAGAGACAAGGACCAAACGACACCGCAUCACCAGCCUUUCCUCAGCAGCCUCGUCGUCCGUGCCUCUGUCAGCGACGGCGCCGUAGGCGGUGGUGUCGACGGUGGUUUUGGAGGCCGUGUCAGCGAUUACGAGCCUGGAGAGGUCCGCCGUGAUCAUCCUCCUCCGUACUCUCGCCCCGAUCGAUACCCCGAUGAGCCUGGAUAUACACUUCGGGCAGGUUCUGGUUCUCCUGUACGCCACAGAGAUGCAGGUCAUCGUUACAGUCCUAAUUUUAAUCAUUCAGGUGGUCUGCCACGCAGCCGUGAAUUUGGCAGCGGGAGGGAUCCUGGCAGAUAUAGAGACUCUUCACCGCCUUUUGGCCGAGGAAGGGGUGGUGGCAGGCCAUUUGGUAGGGCUUUUGAUGGGCCUGGGCUUGGUCCUGGGGUAUUCAGAGGUGAAGGCAUGAGUAGAAAUAAUCCAAAUGUGCGUCAAAGAGAAGGAGAUUGGAUUUGCCCAGAUCCUUUGUGUGGGAACCUGAAUUUUGCAAGGCGAGAGUACUGUAACAGCUGCAAAAGGCUUCGCCAUGGUCCUGGGGCUAGUCCUCGGAGAGGCUAUCCUGGCCCACCUCCUCCACAUGCUCCUCCACCAAGACGCUUCCCUGGCUCUCCACUGGAGCGUUCUCCAGGCAGGAGCAUGAAUGGGUAUAGGUCGCCGCCGCCUCCACCUCGUGCUUGGGCUAGGGCGGGCCCUAGGGAGUUUGGCGCUGGUGGUCUGCCACCUCCCAGGCAUGAAGGUAGGUUUUCUGAUCACCACAUGCGGAGAGAUAGGCUGGACUAUCCAGAAAAUGACUACAGGGGAAGAAACAAGUUUGAUAGGCCAAUGCCAGCAGACUGGGGCCAUAGGGGCCGAGGAAGGAAUGCUUUCUUCAAUGAAAGGAAAGGAUUUGAGAGGAGGCCACCGUCUCCACCUCCACCAGCAGCACCAUUUCGCCGCUGGGCUCAUGAUGUUAGAGGGAGGAGCCGCUCUCCAAUAAGGGGUGGCCCGCCACCAAAAGACUAUCACCGGGAUAUGUACAUGGAUCAAGGACGAGGUGAUCGGCGCGCCGUGGGGCAAGACAGAAUUGGAGAUGCAUAUUAGCGGUGUGCCAGGGACUAAAAUUUAGACGAAUAAUUUUGGUUCUAGUAGUCGAUCUUUACGUGUUUGUUAAUAUAGAAAGGAUAGUCACAAAUCAGGACUAAACUUGGGGUUUUCUUUUUCCGACCUUGGUAAAAUUAUUUGACUUAAAAAAAAAAAAAAAAAAAAAAACGUUUUUA